AUGCCGGCCAUCAAGAAGGCCAAAUCCAAAUCCAAGUCCAAGUCCAAGAAAGCACAGUCAGAUUUGCAACAACGCGACAGAGCCCUUCUAGAGGCAUUGGACCGCCCUCAACUGCUAGCCAUGGAUCCCCAAGCGAAGCGAAACAUCGUCAUUGUCGCUGAUAUCAGUGCUAUUCUAGGCGGUGGCAUCAUCGGUUCCACAACUGCCUACUUCCUCACCAGACACCCGAAAUACAACCCCUCCCUCCACAGCAUCACGAUCCUCGAGGCGUCCUCUAUUGCGGCCGGUGCAUCAGGCAAAGCUGGCGGUCUACUUGCCCUCUGGGCGUACCCUUCCUGCCUCGUCCCACUGUCCUACCGCCUGCACAGGGAACUCGCCGCAGAGCAUGGUGGCGAAAAGAGAUGGGGUUACCGGAGGGUGCAGUGCGGCAGCUUCGAGGCGCGCGUGACGAAACAGAAACUCGAGUCGCUCCGGCAGGCGACUGUCAAACCUGAAGCGGUCGCGCCCGGCGCCAACGAGGGCGAGCAGGAAAAGGGAUGGGAGAGGCUGCCGAAGCAGGACGAAGCAGCCGAGUCGAUGCUCGAGGAAUCAGUCCUUCCCAAGGACCUGGACUGGGUUGACCGCGACGCCGUCACCUCGUAUGCCGAGAUGGGCACGCCUGGGGCCACAGAGACGGCGCAGGUGCACCCUUUCCACUUUACGACGUCGAUGGCGGCGUUGGCGCAGGAGAAAGGCGUCCAAGUGCGCACCAACUCGCAGCUGAAAAAGAUCAACUCGACAAGCGCAGGCGUGCAGAGCGUCGAGUACCUGGAUCGAGAGUCGGGCGAGACGAAGACGAUCGAGGAUGUCACGGAUGUCUUGGUGUCUGCCGGGCCCUGGACCGGAAGGCUGCUCCCGGCCUCCAAGGUCACUGGUCUGCGGGCUCACAGCGUUGUGUACGAAGCUCACGUCAGCCCGUACGCUGUGUUUACGAGUAUCGAGCUCCCUUCCGACUUCGUCCCUGAGCACCGGGCUAGCAAGGGGCAGAAGAGGAGACACAAGAGGGUUGUUGACCCGGAGAUCUAUGCCCGGCCGGGAGGCGAGGUCUACGCAUGCGGCGAGCCGGACAAGAACGUGCCGCUGCCGGACACCGCAGACAAAGUCCAGGUGGACGAGGCCAACUGCGACGACAUCAUAUCCUACAUCGCGACGGUCAGCCCCGCGCUGGCCGCCGCGCCCGUCAAGGCCAAGCAGGCCUGCUACCUGCCCCAGGUCGACUACGGCCCGCUCAUCGGUCCCACCUCCGUCCCUGGCCUGUGGCUCGCGUCUGGGCACACCUGCUGGGGAAUCCAGAACGGCCCCGCAACGGGCAAGCUGAUGUCCGAGUACAUUUUGGACGGCAAGGCGACGAGCUCCGACAUUUCCUCGUUGGAUCCCAGAAAGGCCAAGGUCUAG